AUGGCUUCAUCAAAUAGACACUGGCCUAGCAUGUUCAAAUCCAAACCCACCCACCACCAAUGGCAGAAUGACGUCAGCAAUCCGCCACUCUUGCCAAACGGUUCAUGCCACAGACCCCCGUACUCAACCACAAGUGCUACAACAUCAUCAGGGCUCGAAGAUCAAAGGACGCCGGAGCCAAAGCCGCGAUGGAACCCUCGCCCGGAGCAGAUUCGGAUUCUCGAAGCUAUUUUCAACUCCGGGAUGGUGAACCCUCCGAGGGACGAGAUAAGGAAGAUCAGGGCUCAGCUCCAAGAGUACGGUCAGGUUGGUGACGCCAAUGUCUUCUACUGGUUCCAGAACAGAAAAUCAAGGUCCAAACACAAGCUUCGCCUGCAGCACAUCAACUCAAAGCAACAGCAACAAUCCCAUAAACCAUCACUGACUGCUGCCCCUUCAUCAUCAUCUUCGUCUUCCGAAAGAUCCUCUCCCAACAAACCACAGCAGCAUUCAAACAAGACCUUCUCUAUGGGGUUCUCCUCACCACCACAUGUUGUUACAACUCAUGAUGUUUCCAACAUCAACUCUCCGACCGCUUCGGUCAAUCAGACGUCCUUUUUCCAUGCUCUUCCCAACCCUGAAGUCUUGCCCGAGUCGGCCUACUUAUUUCCAGUGAAUAACCCUACUUCCACCAACGGGCCUGUAUCUAGCGCUAAUUUCAGUACCACGCAAGGGUUUUGCUUCUCCGAGCUGGCGAAUGUGGUUCAUGUGACCAACAGUCCCGAUUUUCAUGGACCUUGUACUAAUUUCUUGCUUAGUGAGAUUAUGAACAACAAUUGUAUGGCCUCAAGAAAAAAUGAUCAAGAUCAAGAGAUGAAAGCAAUGAAGAUGGACCAACAGCAGCAACAACUCAAUUACAAUGGCACUGUCACCACUUCUCCAGCAAGUACUGGUGCCGUUAACGUUGCGGUUCCAUCCCCCAUGACUCACAUUCAAGGUAUUGGUGAAGCUGGUGCUGCAAUUAUGGGAGCGGGAGGUGCGGCGAAAUCAGUGGUAUUCAUCAACGACGUCGCAUUUGAGGUGGCUGCGGGACCCUUCAACGUGCGCGAGGCUUUCGGGGACGACGCCGUCCUCAUUCACUCUUCUGGUCACCCUGUUCUCACCAAUGAGUGGGGAGUUACCCUUCACUCUCUUCACCACGGUGCCUUCUAUUACCUCAUUUAG